CGCCGACAAUCGCGAUCAGAUCGAGUUGCCUGCAGAGUCUCGGUGGAAUACGAGGUAGGACUUUCUUUCACACUCAUACUACGUGAGGACAAGCGACUCCCACAAUAGUGCCAUUGCGUUCUGUCAUUAUGGCUUCCGCUCGUGGCCCUCGAUGGCAACAGUUCCUCCAAGAGUUGGUGAUGGUUGCGGGCACAUCCGCGUCUGCCUACUUUCUCAUCCGAUACCUUCUCUCUCGCCUCGACUUUGAUCCGGAGAGCCAGAAGAAGGAAGAGCAACGGCGCAAGUCUGCAGCUAUCCUACGGAAACUUGAUGGUGGAGAUGAAUCAGACGAGGGUUCACCGCGCCGCGGGCGCAAAGAAAAGAGUCGACCCAAACGAGGUGAUCUGACGCUGAACCAAUAUGAACAGGCCAUCGCGAUGGACGUGGUUGCUCCGGAUGAUAUCCAUGUGUCAUUUGAAGAUAUCGGCGGCCUGGACGAGAUUAUCGAAGAGCUGAAAGAGUCCGUCAUUUAUCCCUUAACGAUGCCCCACCUGUACUCCUCGUCCUCAUCACUCCUGACCGCACCAUCCGGUGUCUUGCUGUAUGGUCCGCCUGGGUGCGGGAAGACUAUGCUUGCGAAGGCAUUGGCGCAUGAGAGUGGCGCUUGCUUCAUCAAUCUACACAUCUCGACAUUGACGGAGAAAUGGUACGGCGAUUCGAACAAGCUUGUCAAUGCAGUUUUCUCGCUAGCCCGAAAGCUUCAGCCUUCGAUCGUCUUCAUUGAUGAGAUCGAUGCUGUGCUGGGCACGAGAAGAAGCGGCGAACAUGAGGCCAGCGGCAUGGUAAAAGCGGAAUUCAUGACACAUUGGGAUGGUCUCACAUCAGCAAAUUCUUUGGGAGAACCUCAGCGUGUGGUUGUUCUGGGCGCCACCAACCGCAUUCAAGACAUUGACGACGCCAUCCUCCGACGAAUGCCGAAGAAGUUCCCUGUUGUGCUCCCACCUGCGGCGCAGCGCGAGAGGAUUCUUGGUCUGAUCCUCAAGGACACCAAGAUCGACCGGGAAAACUUCGAUCUACAAUAUUUAGUUAGAGCCAUGUCAGGCAUGUCCGGCAGUGACAUCAAGGAGGCCUGCCGUGAUGCCGCCAUGGUCCCGGUAAGAGAGUUAAUCCGACAGAAGAAGGCCGCUGGACAGCAGAUGGCAUCGGUAGACCCCAAGGAUGUCCGUGGUCUGCGGACGGGAGAUUUCUUCAGUCGUGCUGGUGGUGUUCGGGUUAUUCCUCCACCCACUCAUGUUCAGAGCAAAGCGAACUCGGAAAAGGAAUGGAGUACGGAGUCUGAAGCGACGUCUGAAGCAGAUGCACGACCCGCGGAGAUGGCCGAACCUCCCGAGUAACUUAUUUAUAUUUCUUCUUGCGUCAAUCGAGAUUCCCUGUGCAUUUUGCUUUCAUGUCAACCAUGUCAAUUUAUACUUGUCUAACGGCCCGGCGUUUUUUCUCCUCUCUGACUCGCUGCCUCUAUCAGCGCGAAUAGAUUGCCAAUUUAUGGUGAUUGGCAGGUUGGUCCUAUGCAAUUGAGUUGUCUUUCUGACAGGGCUCAG